CGUCUUUUCGUGUGAAAUUACUCCCGUGAUCGGUAGAAGAAGAGGCGCGAGGAAUACAGUAGGAGUUGGAGUUGGAGUACUGGUAUGCUUAGAGUUGGGCAAAGAAACAAGCAGUCGGUGUGGGGAGGCGGUCUUUAAUUCGAACUUCCAGGAGAAAAUGGAGCAAAAGGGAGGAGAUGAAGAAAUGGAUUCGCUGUUCGAGGGAAUGGUCCUCUUUAACCCUUCCCAAUUGGCUGCAGACCAACGAGAAGAGGAAGAAAAGGAUGAUGAAGAAGAAGAAGACCAUCAUGACGAUCACGGUCCUCCGGUUUCGAUUGAUGUUCGAAGUACAGCAUCGACCUCAUCUUCAUCACAUACAUAUUCAUAUUCGUCAUCUCAACCCCUCGACGAAAACCUCUUCUCUGACCUCACCAUCGUCACUCCGCCAGAGACCCAAUCUCAAUCUCAGCCCCCUUCCUCUGCUAACGAUACCGAUCCUACUCCAAUUUCGAUGGAGACGUCCACGACACCAGUAACCCCUACCAUCUCCCGGCAGAUUUCCAGAAAGAAAAAGCGAGCUAGCUUGAGAAUCGGAUACGGUAGAGAUGCCCCUUCUCCUUCACUUCCCGAUGCUGUUAGUGAUCAAAUUCAUACUUCUAAUAGAUCCGAUGCCAAUGCUCUGGUCUCUGAGGAUGGAAAAACGAUAGAACAUGAUGAUCAAAUUCUGCAAGGACAACAAGAACAAGAAGAGCAACAAGAAGAAGAAGAUGAAGAAGAAGAAGCAGUUGUUGUUGACAAGGAAAAGGAGAACCCUUCCCCGGAGUUAGAUUUCGAGCAUAUUAAAGCCCAAAUCUCGGAGAAGCUAAACCGUGCUCGAGAAUUGGUGGCUUCUAUAUCCGCUGCUAGAAAGGACUCCAUUAGGAGGAGAAGAAAAGCUGCUGAGAAUGUAAAUCUAGCAUCUAUCAAGCACAGGGAGCUGGAGAAGGACUUGGAAGAAGCCUGUGAGGCCGAAGACUUUGAGAAGGCAGAGCGAGUUAGCGAGAGCCUUGCCGCUGCUGAGAAGGAGAAGCAGGCUUUUCUUAUUGCCUUGAGAGAUGCAGAAGCCGAGGCCGAUGCUAUUGAUUCCGAGAUGCACGCGGCUCUCGAAGCCCAGAUCGCUGCUGAGGAACAAGGCAUCUCGGUUCUCGACCGUUUCGCAAAGGAUGCUGCAAAUAAUGCAGAUUUAGUCUUGCAGACAGCACAUUCAUCAUCUUCAGAAGAAACGGACAAAUGGUUUUCAUCAACUGAAGCCUUGGAAGUAAAGAAGAUGGAGUUAGAAAUUGAAUCACAUUUAAUAGAUGAAACUCGACAAGUAUUGACUAAUUCCAUUGAGCAUUCAAUUGAAGAUGACAAGAGGGAGAAAGAACUUCUUUUUAGAAAAAAGGACAUCCUCACAAACGAAUUGGAAAAACUACUUGAAUUAGUGAAACAAAAGGAGAAGGAGAUUGCAGAAAAUGAUUCUAACAUCCAAGCAGUUGAGAAAAAGAUUGCUGACGUUUUCUCUGGUUUUCAGGAGAUGCAAUCAAACGUUGAUACAAAGUAUGAUAAGUUGCGCUCAAGUCUUUCUCAGAUGAUCUUGGAAAUUGAAGCUCUAUCAGUGAAAAAGAAGGAAAUUGAUGAGUUCUUUACUCAGGAAGAGGAAAAGAGUGCAAAGCUGAGGGAAUUUGUAAGGGUUUCCACAGAGGAAGCAAAUGCGUACCGGGAAGUUGUUGAGCUGAGAAAAAUUCUGAUGGAGUCCAUUUUGAAGGCCCAGGAAGAUAAACUGAGGCUUGUAAAGACUGAGGAGAAGCUUUCUGAGGAUGUCCAGGUGCUCCAAAAGGACAUUUCUGAUGCAAGAGCUUCCCUGCAGGAACUAUCUUCAAGAAAGUCAAACAUCCAGCAAGAUAUAGAGUCCUUUAAGCAGCGAAUUCUAUUUAUAGAAAAAAGAGUCCCAGAGCUGGAAGCAGAAAAGAAAGUUGCUGCUGCUGCGAGAAAUUUUAAGGAAGCUGCAAGAAUAGCUGCCGAGGCAAAGUCAUCUAGUGUUGAAAAGGAAGGCAUACAGAUUGACAUGGAAAGUGCUGUCUUGGGGCUUAAGAAGCUGGAGGAAGAGAUUACAUAUACUGUUAACAGGUUGCGGGAGACAGAGAGCCUGAUCUUAUCCAAGGAAAAAGAGGUAGCAAUGGCUAGAUUCCAUAGAUUGCUUUUAAUAGCUGGUGCUGCAACAGCUGAAAGAGCCGCUGCUCUAGAGUUGGGCGACCUUGAAGAAGCUAACCUUCUACUUGCUGAGGCUGAAACAGCAGACUCUGAAGCUAAAAAGCUUCAACCAAUCUACAAUUUCAAGGUGGAAGAGUUUGAAAAUUUACCAAGCCAUUUCAUAUCCAUGGAACUUGUAUCUAAACUUGGGAGAAAGCAGCUAGCAGAACUGGCAGCUGCUGUUUCUCCUUCGGUACAAUGACGAUUUGUGAGGAAAUAGUUAGAUGUCUUGGUGAUUGUCAAUGGAAAGAGUUAUUGAUGUAUAAAGAUAAUCCAAAUUUUGGAAAUUACGAGAAGCUGAAACUACAAGCGCAGCUGUGGAUGGUUGUCUCCUUCGUGUUGCAGGCGAUAUGUCCAAUAUUCCUCGGAUGCCCUUGAGACUUGACAUAUUGUGGAUUGAUACAAUUUUGAUGACUACAGGUUUGGGAUCUAGAUCCUCUAUCUAUUGUCAUCUUUAUUUUUGAAAUGAUUUUCUCUGCUAUCUUUAUUUAUGGUCGAGUACUUUCUGCAAUAUAUUGUGUAUUUCAUAACAAAGUUUUGCAAUAUGAAAAAUUUAAUUUGUUU